AUGAGCGAAUCGGGCCCGUACUUCUCGCCACGAGAGAGUUACCGGCUCCAAACCAACACCCGCGAGUCCGAGUGGUACUCCCCGGCGUCGCAGCUCCCCUGGGAGAACCACCUGUCCUUUUCAUCGGUCCACACGGCCCUGGCAUCGCGGCAACAGGGCUCCCCCGGGCCCGGGGGCACACCGCCGCCACCGCCAUCGACGCCGCCACUUCCGCCGCCCGGGGGAUCGGCCCCCUCUGGACCGGGGGCGGCGGCGGUGGCAGCCGCCGCGGCCGCGGCCGCCGCCGUCGCCGGAGCCCCCCCAGCGCGUGACAUUGUCUGGAAUGCCACUGUCCAGCGGUCAGACAGCCUCCUGCCGGCCACCUACCAGCCGGUGUACUACCCGACCGUGUACUUUGGCCGGGCGGCCGAGCUACCGCGGCUGCUGAAAAACCUCUUCCUCUCGCACACUGGCACCCUGCCGGCCGACAUUUACUUCCGGUCACUGCCGGGGUUCGAUCAAUUGGCGGCCGGUGGCGACCGGGGGCGGCCGGGCUCCGGGGCGGCCACGGCCCCGGCAUCCGGACGCCCGGCUCGCGGGGGUCGCGCCUCCGGCGGCCGGGGAUCCUCCAAGGGUUCUGGCCGGGCAGCCACUGCGGCCGCGGCCGCGGCCGCCAUCCCCCCCGGCAGCACCACAUCUGACACCCCUGUGUCGGCGCCCUUUGGCGAACUCACGCAAGCUCUGAUCGCGGCCGCCGCCCGGGGCAGUGACACCGAGCCGACCGCCGAGAACUCUCGGAUACUCACCUUCCGCCUGGGCCUCAACAGCUUCAACCUCCCGCGGCCGAACUUGCGCACGCUGGUCAUUGAGGGCGACAUCGGAGAUGAGGGUGCCGUGGCCCUGUCGACCUUGAUCCGCGGGUCCAAGUCGGAUUUCUCGCUGAUCGACCUGUCUGGCGCGCUCGGAUCCAUCACGGCCUUCGGCCUGUCGGUCAUCCUUGGCCGGGUGGUGGCCAUGAACUCGCCGAUCGUGUACCUGAAUUUGGGCGGCCAUCUCCUUGGGUCGUUGUCGGUUUUCGAUUCGCCGGCUCUGGCCCCCCUGCUGGCGAGCUUCGCCAAGCCGGAUGACCGCGGGUGUGACAUUUGCUCACUCGGGUCCCUGUCGGCCGGGGUGUUUCCGAUUUCCGGCAGCCUGACACCGCACCUGUGCCAGGUCCAUGCCCUGUGCCUGGAGGCCGGGCUCUUCGACAUGCCGGACCCGCCGACCGGCGGCGGCGGCGGCGGCGGCGGCGGCGGCGGCUCCAAGGCUGCCAAGCGCCCGGCCCCGGUGACCUACUCGCCUCGGCUCAUGGCCACCGAUCACUUCCUGUCCAACACCACCCCGACGCUGGACCGGCUCAUCCAGGCCACCGGCCGGUCUUGGCACACGGUGGCCUCGAUGCCGAUCCGCCUGCUGGCGCACGGGCUCAAGUACAACUUCCAGCACCUGUCGGAGCUUUUCCUGCCCGGGUGCGGGCUGACCGACUUCUCGGCACAACUCCUGGCUCAGGCCAUCUCUCACAAUCACACGCUCCAGGUGCUGGACCUCCAGGAUAACUUCAUCACCGCCGACGGGGCGCAAUUCAUCCUCGGCAGCGUCAAUACCCCGGACUUCCGGAUCAACUUCGCCAACAACCCCCUGGGAUCGGGCGACCUCAGCGGCAUGCUCACCAACAGCUUGCUUCCCUCGAAGAACUUUUCAUACCUCGGCCUCUGCGGCGUCGGCCUAGACUCGGUCCACUUCCGUAUCCUCGGCUCUUUCCUGAUCGAGGACCACAACCUCAUCCACCUGGCGAUCGACAACAAUCAGACAUCCCAGGUGGCGGAUUACUCGCGUGCCAGCGACCCGGAGCUGGAGUCCAUGAUCUUCGAACUUAGCAAGGCCUUCCCCAAUCCCUCGCUCACGCGCAUUCUCCGCACGCCGAUCGCCGUCAACACCACCCUCAAGGUUCUGUCGCUGCGGUAUUGCAAUAUCGGCGAUCUUGGUGCCGCCCUGCUGGCCGACGCGCUCAUUGAGAACCGCACCCUCUCGGCCCUGUUCGUGGCUGACGCGUCCAUCUCUUCGGUCGGUGCCAUCGCCCUCAUCUCGGCUGUGCGCCGGGCUCGAUCGGCCGGAUUGGACAUCGCUUCCUUCCCCCAGGGCGCCUCGCACACGGACAUCGUGCAUAAGCUGGUCCGCCAGCGCCCGAGCUUCCCCAAGGACCGGACAUACUCGCCGCUGGCCCCGACCCCGGAGCUGGCCUUCUCCAUCCUCGAGCGCGUGAUGUACUGCUUCUCGCCCUCGGUGUCGGUUCAGUCGAGCCUCCCGACGCUGGAUGUCUUCCACAUCGCCUCCACGUCCAUGUGCGACUUCCUGGGCGGUGCGGCCAUCGCUUAUGCUCUCUGCUGGAGCAAGUCCCUGCGCGAGCUGAGUCUGGAGGGCAACCAAGGGCUCACCGAUGAGAUUGUGCCCCUUUUCCUGUCGGCCAUCAACAACUAUGCUUCGGCCAUCCGCCUGGAGAUCAUCCUCCUGCGGGGCACCAGCAUCUCGCAUGAGGCGCGCAAGCGCAUCCGCCGGGCCCUCGGCCUGACGGGCAUCGGCUUCGGGGACAAUGUCUAUGACUAUGAGCCGGCCGUGCCCUAUUGCUCGUCGCUGCCGGACGAGGCAUUCCCAACGGGCAAGACAACGGCCGGGUCGGCGGCCGCUGGCCGGUCGGCCGGUGCGGGAGCCGGCGGCGCGGGAACCGCCUCGCUUGGGGCCCAUGCCGCCACGACCAGCCCCACCGCCGACGGGCAGUCUUACUUCCCCGCCGGGUCGGGGCUCGGGUCCAAUGUGUACAUCCCGCCGCCGGUGAACUCGGUUGCCUGGCGUGCCGAUCAUGAGGAUGACACCGAGGCCGGGCGCGAGGAUUGGGAGCGCCUGGAUGAGGAGGUCAGUCUCGACGAGGCGGCGUGGCUGGAAACGCUCAAGGGCCGGGCGGUCCUGUCGUUGGCUCUACUGUCGCUGGAGCAGCUGGAGAUCACCAAGGAUAUCUCGCUCUUUGCGCGGGCCAUCCACCAAACCCGAACCAUUCGCACUCUGAGUCUAUGUGAAAUGGACGGCAAUGAUGCCUCCUUCACGGAGUUCUUCCGGGAGUUCACGGCACACUCCAAGGACCUGGAUGUGUGGAACAUCAAGCACCUGCUUGUCAGCUGCCCCUAUCGCGGGCGCUCACUCAACAAGUAUAUCCAGCUGGUGAAUGAGCUCCUUUCCUCCCCGAUCUGCAAGAUCACCACCCUGUACAUUAAUGGCGACAACAUUGAGGCCCGGCACUUUGAGGCCAUCCUGCUGGCCGUCCACGACUCGACCACCCUGGUCACCCUUCAGAUCUUUAACUGCUCCUUCGGCACGCGCGGCCUCGAGGCCGUGUCCCAACUGCUCAAGUCCAACCGCAACCUCAUCCGCAUCGACGGCCUGGAGCAAUACCCCCUCUCCAACAAGCAUGACGAGCUGAUGACCGAGAUCUCGCGACUGGUCUUCCGCAACAAGACCCGUGGGAUCCAGGCAUACGCCGCUCCGUCAGAGCCAAGCAGCCUGCCGGCCAGCCUGGCCGGGCUGGACCGUGAGGCCAUGAAGUCCUACCAGGCGUACCAUGACACGGUGCUGAGCGCGGCGGCCGGGGCGCGAGCGGCGCAAGCCGCCCGUGCCGGGGCCUCCUUCCUUGUGUCGCCGGUGUCCUCGCCCGGCGGGCCAUCGCCUCUGGGGUCCUUGUCCCCGGGGGCGUACCAUGACACGGUGCUGAGCGCGGCGGCCGGGGCGCGAGCGGCGCAAGCCGCCCGUGCCGGGGCCUCCUUCCUUGUGUCGCCGGUGUCCUCGCCCGGCGGGCCAUCGCCUCUGGGGUCCUUGUCCCCGGGGGUGGGCGGCGUGUCGCCCGGCCUCGGGGCCCUGGGGCCGGGACCCCUGGCGACGGGGGCCGGUGGGGUGUCGGCUGGUCCGCGCGAUUCCACCGGUCCCGGGUCCGGCGGGGCCGAUGGCCGUCGGUCGCACCAGGACCCGGACCAGGCGACGGCCGACAGCUUUGCGUCGUACCUCCUGUCCAGUGUGUGUCCGCCCGGGACGGCGGCCGCAGCCGUGGCGGCCGUGUCCACCGGGGCCGACUCGGCCGCCGGGGACCUGGACCCCGCGCUGCUGAGAUCGGAAGAGCGUCCCGUGGCGGCCGUGUCCACCGGGGCCGACUCGGCCGCCGGGGACCUGGACCCCGCGCUGCUGGCCAAUUCCCAACUCCCGGCGGUGCUCUUCACGGAGUCCCCCCGGCCGGACCCGUACUCGGUGGAGCGCCAGCUGGCAUGCAUCACCUUGAGCAACCCGACGGCGGUCACCACGCGCACGGUUCUCCUGCCGCCGCAUGUGUUUUGCGUGUUCACCGGGCGGAUUUACUCGUCGCCGGUGCUGGCGGCCGAUGGCUUCACCUAUGAGAGUGUGGCCAUCAACCACUGGAUGAAGUCCCCGGCGCGCUUUGUGUCUCCGAUGACCGGGGAUUUGCUGGACCACUUCCAGGUGAACAUCGACCUGGAGACCAUUCAUCUGGUGGCCACUUGGCAUGCGGAUGCCAUCGAGCAGCGGUCUUACGCCAUUCCCAGCGAGGACCAAUUCCUCAAUGAGCAUUUCUCCCAGCUUCCCCGGCACCGGCCCAUUGCCGAGGUGAUGGAGAGCAUCAACUCCACCUUCCUCAGCAAGCGCGGCGACGGGGCGGGGUCUGACCCCGGCGGCGAGGGCGACCUGGUGUCGGAGGCUACGGCCUCGGCGGCGCUGCCUGCGGGUUCGGCCGCCGUCCCGGCGGGCCUGCUGCCUUCUAGCACGGCGGCGGCGGGCGCGGCGGCGGCGGUGGUGGCUGCCACGGCCCCCCCUCCGAAGGAGGUGACCCCCAUUCCCCCUCACUGGCAGUUUACGCCGCUCGGCCUGUCCACCUUCAAGGUGCUGGCCUCCCUGUCGCCGGAGGACUUUGCCCUGGUGCCGCCGAGCAUGCUGUCCCUGGGGCCGAUGCUUCGGUCGCAGCCAGCGACCGCGCCCGGCGCGGCUUCCGAGCCGGGGGAUCCUGCCUCGGCGGCCCCCUCGGCGGGUGGUCCUCCCCUGGGGGGGACGCCGCAGUCCUUGCCCCCGUCGGGGGGGCCGGCCUCGCCGCAGCUCCUGCCACCCGGGCAUGGGCAUUCGUAUCAUGCUCGGCCGCCGCCGGUGUCGGGCCCCGGUGGCCCGGUGUCCACGACUUUCUCCUUCGGCAGCCGCCUCAAGCGCCCGAGUGCCCUGGAUGUGUACUCGUCGGUGGAGGCGACCGCCGGGGUGGCCCCUUCGGCAGCGGCCACUGCGGCGGCCGCUGCGGCCGCCGCCGCCGCCGCCGCCGCCGCCGACUCCCAGUACUAUGCCAAGCAUGUCAUGCAGUACACGGCCCACCCGACGCGCAGCUUCAACUACACGGUCCCGGGUGCUUCGCCAGACCAUGUGCCCGCCGGGGCGCCGAUCAGCGCCGCCUUGCUUGAUCACUGA